AUGGGUUUUUGUUUGUUGAUCUUCCGAGAAUUAGGAGGAAACCAAGCCAAACCAUUUUACAAUCAGAGAGUUCAGUUGGUGAACUUUAGAUGGAUUUUCUAUAAGGAAAACGAAGAAAAAGUUGUAGGAAAUCUCGACGCCAUUGUCUCUUUAACCGUUAAUAAUCUGGAAAAACUAAUUUUCAUUUUUCAUCUACUCUACUUAUUCUUCUUUCAAUUUAGUGAAGCUUCUGCUCAACUAAAUUGUGAAACUCCACAAGCACAUUAA